AUGACACUAUUGUACUAAUCUCGGAGUUCCGUUGCAUGACCUGUAUAUAAGACCAUGUUUUUAACUGAUAAUGACAUUUGUCAAAGUUAGGAUAGGAAGGAGCUGGAAAAUUUGUCAGAUUUAUAAUAGGAAUUUUUGCUUUGAUUUUUGCAUAAAAGAAAUAGCCUUACCUUAAACUUUUAAUUUUUUUCAAGAAGGUCAAAAUGCCUAAGAAAUUCGCAGGCGAGAAUAGCAAGGCUGUGGCGGCCCGGCAACGAAAGGAAAAUACUAAACAAGAAAAAGAACAAAAAAUGAAGAAAAUGAUCGAAGAUAGCGAAUGGGAAGACAACGAUGAGAAGUUAAAGAAAAAGCAGCAGAAAAAAGAAGAGCAAGAGAAAAAACGCUUAGAGCAACUGCAGAAGAAAGCUGAAGCAAAGGCUCUUCUUGAAAAAGAGAUGGAGUCAAUAAAGAGUAAAGUUGCUCCGCCACCCCCUAAGAUCACGCGAGCACAUAUCACUAUGAUGAAGGAGAAGACAAUCAAACAGGAAGCAGAAAAACCCAUUCCAUCUAAAGUGGUUGUGGAAGAACCGCCACUUGUGGAGAAUCUCAAUAGGCUGCAGAUUGAUGGAGAAGUGGCACAAUCUGUAGAUGAAGCUCUAUCAAUUUUGAGUGACAAGAAUGAGGUAGACAGGCAUCCUGAGAAGAGAAUAAAAGCAGCUUACACUGCAUUUGAGGAAGUAACACUACCUAGAUUGAAGGCAGAAAAUCCAACGCUAAGGCUUUCACAACUGAAGCAGAUAUUAAGAAAAGAGUGGCUGAAAUCACCGCAAAAUCCUCUUAACCAAAAAGUUUAAUUACUAUUGUGAAAACUAAACGCUUGUUUUAGGAAUUUGAUCUAAAGUGGAAUCGAUUUCAGCAAUGUGUGAUCGCCAAGAAUGCUAAAUAUGGACAUUAAAAAACGAAUGGAAAUGUAACUAAUUUAUUAAUAAAUAGCUUAUAAAUAAUUUCAUUAAAUGUUGUAAAUAUCUCGGA